CACAGGUGUGAUGACUUCAUCGGGGAGUUCUAGGGGAGUUAAACACGUCUGGAGGAGUCGACAACUUCAAAAAUUGAAUCUGUUAUGAUUUAGACCGUUGAGACAACUUUCGAGAUGGGUUGUAUGGAAUGCAUUGGCAAGACUCCAUUUGCGUCUUUAAUUGCCACCAUGAUUGUGUUUGUGGGCGUGGCAAUCUUCUGUGGUACCCUGUACACAGCACUUCAACUUAUUAUUAAAGACGUCUUCAGGGAACUAUUUGGCUUCAGUGUGCAAUGGGUGGAAGCCGUACAGGUUGUGUUUGUGGUAAUCGGUGUUGUAAUGGCUGUCUUUGCCAUCCUUGUUCUAAUAUUUGGAAUCCUGGCAACAGGAGCAACACGACGCAAUGUUUACUCUGGAGAGAAAUGCAUUAUGGGUGGCAGAGUAUCAGCAGCAUUUUUCAUGGUUAUGUCCUACAUUCUGAACCUGGCCUGGUUGCUCAUUAUGUCCGUCACAGUCAUCCCCAUCAUCCUCUAUGUCAGUAUAUACUCCAUCUGUAAUGUGGAAGUCUACAACAAAAACCCAGGCACUUCCCACUAUUGCUUCAACCUCACACAGUAUGGUGUGUAUAGAAACCACAGUUAUCCCCCAGGUGUUCAGCCCGAGGGGAAGGACCACCUGUGUGACAUGUCAGAUCUCAAGCGCAUGUGUGACAGUGUGGCUGAAGCAGGGCCGCUCUUCUGUGCAGCUUUCGCAGGUGCAGUCCUCAUUGUGCUUGGCUUGAUCCAUUUCAUGGUGACACUCUCCUCAAAUUACACACGAAUCCGCAUCUCUAAAGAGCUUACUGACUACAGGGAUGCGGCUGAAAUGGAUGAGAUAGAUCUCAGCUUGCCAGGUUCCAAAAGCCGAUACUGAGGCUGAAACUCUUA